UCAGUUACCCUAAUUUAAAUAUACUUUCCGAUAUUACUAUUUAUACCCUUCUCCAUAUAAACUACGACGAUACGUCGUCGGUUUCGCUACUGUCAAUCUCCAAAACCCUAAACCCUCGCAGCUCAAGAAAAUCUCUCCCAUGGCGACCGUGCCAGUUAACCCCAAGCCUUUCUUGAACAAUUUGACUGGGAAGCCUGUCAUGGUCAAACUCAAAUGGGGAAUGGAAUACAAAGGUUUCCUCGUCUCUGUGGAUUCAUACAUGAACUUGCAGCUUGCGAAUGCUGAGGAAUACAUUGAUGGGCAGUGCACUGGAAGCCUUGGAGAAAUCUUGAUCAGAUGCAAUAAUGUUCUGUAUCUUCGUGGUGUGCCUGAGGAUGAAGAGAUCGAAGAUGCUGACCGUGAUUAGUCUGACCGAUUGUAUCAUCGUGCCUAAUUGAACUGGUGUUUGAUCUUGCUUCUGCACUUCUAAGCUUCUAUCAUUUGUGUAGUAGUUGUACUUGACAUGCAUAUUCUAUCUUUGUUCAUGUAAAAUUUAUGCACAUGAGCUGUUGAAGGGAUAAUAUUUUGUUUUAAAUUGUCUCAGAUCAGUCCAGAUAAUUGGAAAAAAUGAGAGUUUGAAUUAA